CAAUGUCGGACUUGGAAAAAUUAUCUACUGUGCUGAAUAGUGAGCUGGAGGUGAUUUUAUCCAAUUCAGAUGGAAGUGAUGAGGUCAAAAAAUACUUGAAAACUUAUGUCCGAUUCUCAUUGUUGCGGAGAUAUAUUAAAUGCAUGAUAUUCGUUUUAAUUGCAAUUGCAACUGUUUGUGCGUCGAUUUACUACAUUCCAAUUUUGAACUGGAAUGCCUCAGCAAUUGGACGAUUGGUGUUGAUUAAGCAUGUGCUGCCCUAUUAUGACUGGCAACAUCUGUACAAAUCAAGGUGUUUAGUCGAGAAAUUCGGAGAUGGAAAGACAACAUCCACAGAAGAAUACAACGAUUACGGCGAGCUCAAUAGGGACGAUUGUGCCGUUUGUGAGAAUUUAGUUUCAAUCGAUCGAGUAUCAGAUGCAACAUUCGGCCUCUUGCAAGAUGUAUACUUAUCACGCGACCAUCCGGUGAUAAUAAAUGAUUCCCAUGGUAUUUGGCCGAAUCAACCUGAUGUUCUGGAGGAUUUCAUCGAAUUUUUGCUAUCAUCACCCAAUUUAAAGUACUCGACUCCAUGCAAUAUUGGAACAAAUUUGGUGCAAAUUCGUGACGAUUCACCAAAAUUACAAUAUCUCUUGCGUCAAACCGGCAAAGUUGAGUCAAAAGGAUGGUUUUUGCAUUUUCGUAACUGUGACUUCGAAGCGGUAAAAGCGAGUCGUGCCACAUUCUCUCUAAAAAAUCGACCAUAUUUCAUAUCUUCACAUCUUCCACCCUUUCACACCAGUUGGAUUAUCCUAUCAAAACACUACGGAAUGCCUAUCGAAAAGCGACUACCAGUAAAAGACCUUGUGAUUGUUCUCCAGUUGAAUGGUCAAAUUUCUGGGCGACUCACCACAUUAAGACAUUGCAAGGAUUUCUGUUUAGACCAUAAUUUCGAAUUGAAUGCAGGCGAAGCAUUGGUAUUUAAUGCUCAAAUGUGGAACUUUUAUUAUCGCAACAUCGAUUUACAGGCUAAUUUAACGAUUACUUUUAUUCAAGAAAUUCAUGCUGAUUAA